UUGGAACAACUGCAAUGAACAGAGAUUACAGUAGUUUGGGAACAGUGUUAGCAUGCGUAGUGUUUUAAAAAAUAUCGGUCAUAUGUAAAUGACACGUUUGGAACGGCUGGUCUCUAAUGACUUAGGAAGACAGUGCGUUCAAUCUAAAUUAGUUUUGUGUUGUUGUGUCACAGCAGAUCACAUCGUUGGAGGUUGUUGGUGUCGUCGAGAAGGCCAUCUGUCGUGCAUGUGCGCCAUUUUGCUAGGGUUUGGCACAGAGCUGGAAGGCACUGUGUAGAUAUUUAAGUAGUAUUUGGUAAUCUAGUUGUAUUACCAUUGUGAUUUUAAGAUGUCAUCCUCUUACAACAAUACUGAAGAAAGUUCUUCUGAUCGCAACGUGGAAAUAUGGAAAAUAAAGAAGUUAAUUAAAAGUCUGGAGAUGGCCAGAGGAAAUGGUACCAGCAUGAUAUCGCUCAUAAUACCACCAAAAGAUCAAAUAUCGAGAGUAAGCAAGAUGUUGGCUGAUGAGUUCGGAACAGCAUCGAACAUUAAAUCUAGAGUAAAUAGAUUGUCGGUGUUGGGCGCUAUAACUUCCGUGCAACAUAGAUUAAAACUUUAUACAAAAGUGCCACCAAACGGGCUGGUAAUAUAUUGUGGAACAAUAGUUACUGAUGAAGGCAAAGAGAAGAAAGUUAACAUAGAUUUUGAACCUUUCAAACCUAUAAAUACAUCAUUGUAUUUAUGUGACAAUAAGUUUCACACAGAGGCCUUAACAGCUUUGCUUGCGGAUGAUAAUAAAUUUGGUUUCAUUGUUAUGGAUGGUAAUGGUGCUUUAUUUGGAACAUUGCAAGGAAACACGAGAGAAGUUCUUCACAAGUUCACGGUAGAUUUACCGAAAAAACAUGGAAGAGGUGGUCAGUCUGCACUUCGAUUUGCAAGAUUGAGAAUGGAGAAGAGACAUAAUUAUGUGCGCAAAGUUGCAGAGGUUGCAACAACUCUUUUUAUAACGAAUGAUAAACCAAAUGUAGCUGGAAUAAUAUUGGCUGGCAGUGCAGAUUUCAAGACUGAACUUAGUCAGUCAGAUAUGUUUGACCCAAGACUUCAAGCAAAAAUCAUAAAGCUAGUUGAUGUUUCAUAUGGAGGAGAGAAUGGAUUUAAUCAAGCAAUUGAGUUAGCUGCUGAAUCUCUUCAGAAUGUGAAAUUCAUUCAGGAAAAGAAGCUUAUUGGACGUUAUUUUGAUGAGAUCAGUCAAGACACUGGAAAAUAUUGCUUUGGUGUUGAAGACACGUUAAGAGCGUUGGAGCUGGGGUCUGUAGAAACUCUGAUCUGUUGGGAAAACCUAGAUAUUCAGAGAUACGUGUUGAAAAACCAUGUGACCUCAGAGGAGAAAAUACUGCAUUUAACUCCAGAACAAGAGAAAGACAAGACUCAUUUCACUGACAGAGAGAGUGGAGUUGAACUCGAGUUAGUAGAAUGCCAACCUCUUUUAGAAUGGCUGGCAAACAAUUAUAAAAGUUUUGGUGCUACACUCGAAAUUAUAACGGACAAAUCGCAGGAGGGUUCUCAGUUUGUCAGAGGAUUUGGUGGCAUAGGAGGAAUUCUGCGCUACAAAGUUGACUUCCAGUCUCUUCAGGCAGAUGAGCCUUUGGAUGAUGUCGACCUAGAUGAUUACUAAGAUCUUUUGGCAGAUCACAUUUCAUAAGGUUUACUUCGAUACAAGGUAGACUUCCAAAGUAUGCAGUGUGAUGAGUUGGAAGAUGAUCUAUAUGACAUUGAUGACUACUAGGAAACAAUUGUAACAUAGUUUUUAUCUGAACUGUCGUCUGCAUGUGGUGGCCAACUCUCCGAACCAUGUUUUUGAUGUUUGUGAAUGUUAAAGUUUUUGUGAUUAUAAAGAAUGCCUUUAUACUGAUUGGAAGAGUGCAUUAGUCAGGUCUUUAAAAACAUGGUUGGUGGAGGAACUUUAAAAUAAGACUGCCAUGUGGACAAAGAAUAAGAAAUUUCUAGUAAAUACCACAGAGUUGACUUCACUGUCAAGUUACACUGAACAAAUGAAAUGCUCAAGGUACUGAUUUAAGACCCUGAAGUGCUUUCUCAAAGAGUUUUCAUUUGGUUGUAACAGAGAAUUGGACACAAUGAAAAUGUUUAUUCUACGAUUAUUUACAAUUUUUCAUACCGUUAUGUUUAUACAUUUUAGUUAUUUAUGUUAAAUGUUCCAAGAUAAGCAUCCUUCGUACCUGUGCUUCACUUUCACUGCUGUAAAAUUGAGAUUUAAGCUGCUCUAUUAUACAAACACACCAGGAAAUUUCUGUGGAUCAGAAAGUUCAAGAAUUUCUGGUGUUGCAAAUGAAAUAGGCUCUACUGUAUCUAAAUGCACAGGAUAAUUAUUUUAACCUGUUUAUGGAAAGAUUCUAUUGGUUAAGGUUUUUAAACUAAUAACCUGUAAACUGCCAUUGAUAGUGGAGGUAAAUUGAUGUUGAUUGCAGAGUAUUGUCAUGUUUAAUUUCUGACACUAUAUACAUAUAUAUUGUGGAAAUGAAUUUCUUUGUGCAUUUUGGCACAACUUUAAUAUUAAACAUGUGAUGGAGCUCCUUUUGUUUUAUUUAUUUAUAUUAGAUCCUUCUACAUAAAUGAUACUAGACUUUCUUUAUAAUUGUUUUAGAGUAUGGGGUUGUACUAUGUAAAAGAAGUAAUCGGUACAUAAAAGCUUUUGUAAUUCUGUUUGUCGACAGUUUAAUAUAUAUUUUGUAUGAAAUUAGCAGUUUCAUUUCAUCUACAGUAUGAAGCAUAGGUGCAAAUUGAAAUGCUGAUCUGUUACCCAUUUUCACUCUGUACUAAAUUUUUGAGUAAGAUGAGAAUAAAUCAUACAGAGUGAUUUCUGGCACUACUGUAAUUUUUUGAUGUGGGGACAAAUGUUUCUGGUAUUAUUAGUGACAUGCUGUUAAACUAUAUAUGGCUAAUCACAAAGGAAUUUAAAGUAUUCCUUGAUUUGUUGUAUUGAUUUCGAAAGUGAUAUAAAAAUGUUCGCAGUUGCUCCCACCAGCUCCAAGUGACCAGAAUUUAAAAACAUUGUUAUUGAGUGAAGCAUAUGAAUAAAAGUGAGUGUCAGAAAGUUGAAGUUCAUAAAUGUCUAAUUGAGAUUUUGAUGGUCUGUGUGUGAUCCAGUCAUAAUCAGCAAUUAGUGACAUGUAUCCAUGCAUAAUUUGCACAGCGUCUGUAGAAAUUUUGCGCAUUGAGUCAGCCUAAAUGUUAUGUAAACAUAAUUGGUGUGUGUGGCAUUGUGCUCUGAACAGUGGCAUAAACGUCAUACAAAUUUUUGAGAUGAAAAUACGUUGCACACAUUUGUGUGUAUUGAAGUAAUUUUGUUCAUUGUACAAACUUCAGGGGGGAAGAAUGCCUGGCAGCAAGAUGUUUUCGAGAUUCUGAAUGUCAUUGAAUGAAGUUGCCAAGCAAGGUUGUACAGUGGUUAAGACAUUGCUCUCCCAUUCUGGAGCACUGGAGUUAAAAUUGCUUGCUAUUGAGCCAUAUUUGGGUUUUCUACAGUUUCUCUAAAUGAGUCAACCUAAGUGUUGUCUCAGCUCAUUUUAAGAAGACUCAGAUAUUUUUCACUAUCCUUCUGUAUUCAUUGCUUGCUUAACCUCUACUGACCUCAACAUCAGCUGGAUUUUUUAACUCGCAAUCUUCCUUCCAUGAAGAAUGAUUUCCCACGUAUGAAGAACUCCUGUAGAAAGAUGAGAGAAAUAUUGUGCUGUGCAACAGUGUUGUAAUGUUUUGCUGCAGUUUUUAGAUGUUUUUAAUAAUCUUUUAGGUGUAUUUUUCUUUUUUAAAAGUGUGCGAAGACCUGAAAUGUUAUCUUUUUGUGGUAAAAUGUACCCGAAUGGAAAUUUUAUCAUACUUAUAGGUUAUGCAGUAUGCUCUGUGAGUAGUUUGCCCUAACAAUUUGGGAGCAAUCACAGAAUACAAAAAUCAGCUUUUCAACAUUAACUCCUAGACUCAUGCAACCUACUUUUUAACAAAUUGGGGCUUACAAAAGGAUGGUCUUUUAUACUGUCUUCAUUGUAAUAAUGGAACAAGAGAUGAUUAUUGAGAAGUGUAACACCUUUAUUUGUAUAUUUUUAUAAAUCUGUAAUGUACUGUUUGUAUGAAAUGAAAUAUUUGUUAACAGCAA